AUGGCCCAUCACAAUCUCAAGGUGCUUCUUUCUGUCGGUAGCUGGACCUACUCCACAAAUUUCGCGGCUGCGCUGAGUACUCCUUCUGGCCAAGCCAAGUUUGCCUCAUCUGCCACGGACCUAGUGAAAAACUUGGGAUUUGAUGGCAUUGACAUUGACUGGGAGCCAUUACGAAAAGCUCCAUGUAGGCCAGAUGAACCGAUACAUCGACUUCUGGAAUUUCCGAACACCGCGGGACCGGGCACAUCUUUCGGCAGCGUCGGUGUUGGUAGCUGGGAAAAAGGGAUCUGGGACUACAAAGCGCUGCCCCUAGCGGGUGCUACGGUCCACUAUUUGCCACAGCCACUUGCUAGCUACAGUUACGAUGAAGGACAGCAGAUGAUGGUGAGCUACGAUACCCCUCAGGCCGCACAUGACAAAGCCCAGUAUAUUAUGUCCAAAGGACUUGGCGGCGGGAUGUGGUGGGAGAGCAGUGGCGAUAAGAACGGCACCGACAGUCUGAUCGCGACGGUAUGUCCAGUGUACGAUGAUCCCCACCACCCCCUAGACCGCUAA